CGAUCGAGGUAAGCCGAAUGUUUAGCGUAAAGAGCGAGGUUGGCUUCGAACGUGAUGAGUCGUGGGGCGAACGAUUGGCCUUGGGCCGCAGGGUGCGGCCGACGGGGACUCUCGUCGAGGACGCCAACGAACGUCUCAGUCGCGAUUCGAACUCGGAGCGAGGCCGCGGCGCGUCACGUGGUCCCACGCCUCGACCAAUGGCCGCCGGCGUCUGGAGGCCGUGGCGCCAUCGGCCAGGGAGCCUCGGCUCGACCAAUCACCGCCUUCGUAAGGCCACUGUGCAGAGCCGUCGCCGCCGCGUGUUGCGGACCUCUUGAUCUCUCCGCCUAUAGCAUAAUACCCUAAAAAGCACUGUAUAGGCGACACAGCAGCGGCGGCAGCGACGAGGUAUAUACGUAUAUAGCGGAGGGGCAGGAGGAGGCCCUGUCGCGCACAACUACACGGCGUCCGAGCGUUACAAGCCAGUGCAGCGCCUCUCGGCUACAUGGCGCUGCGGAUUCCCGCGAUCGGCCGCUUCGACAGCACCUGCACCGCGAGCAGCAGUACGCGCCAGCAGAGAGGACCGAAGUCCCGAGGAGCAGCCCCGCAGGAGCGACCAGCCAGAGCUGAGCGCUCAAGGUGAUGUAAAAAGUAACACCGGGACGACGCCGAGUGAGAGUAUUAUCGCAGCAGCCCACGACCGACCCGAAGCUGUCUACGACGGAAGCGGAGGCCGGUGAACCUCUCCCCGUCAAAGAGGAGAGCCAUCCCGGUUCGGAAUUCGAAGAAGUCAUAUCCCCCUACGAGGAGACGAUGACGUCGCUGACGAACGCGGAGUCCGACCGGACGGAUCGGAUCACCGACGACGACGACGACGAGCCGUCGAGUGGGUCGGAGACAUACGAGGAGGGCGACCUCCUCGCCUCGGCCAUGGAUGAUGACGUGACGGCCCAACUCGCCGCUGCAGGACCUGUUGGUGUUGCCGCAGCUGCAGCCAUUGUUUCGGCGAAGAAACGGAAACGACCACACAGUUUUGAAACAAAUCCUAGUAUUCGUAAACGACAACAAAACAGGCUAUUAAGGAAGUUAAGACAAACGAUAGACGAGUUCGCAACGCGAGUUGGCCAACAGGCGGUCGUGUUGGUCGCGACGCCGGGCAAACCAAAUAGUAGUUAUAAAGUCUUCGGCGCCAAGCCACUCGAGGACGUCGUGAAGAACCUCAAGGCCGCGAUAAUGGAGGAGCUGGAGAACGCGCUGGCUCAGCAGGCACCACCCCCGGUCCAGGACGACCCCUCCCUCUACGAAUUGCCACCACUCAUCAUCGACGGCAUACCUACGCCCGUCGAGAAGAUGACCCAAGCGCAGCUGCGUGCUUUCAUACCUCUGAUGCUGAAGUACUCGACGGGCCGGGGUAAGCCGGGUUGGGGUAGAGAGAGCACGAGGCCACCCUGGUGGCCGAAGGAGCUGCCCUGGGCCAAUGUGCGCAUGGAAGAGGUACGUAAGCAGAUCUCAUGGACGCACGCCCUGCGUCAAAUCGUCAUCAACUGCUACAAGUUUCACGGCAGGGAAGAUCUGCUGCCGGCGUUCAGCGAGGAGGACGACAAGUCCAACAUACUCAUACAGCAGCCUUCGGCCCACUCGUCGACGCAGCAGUCCGGCAGCCAGAGCAGCCAGUCCCAACAGACGGUGGGGGUCGUUCGCAUCAGCGGCACUGGUUCAUCUAAGGGAAACUCCUCGCCAACGCAAAUCAUAGCCGCGUCGCCCACCGCUCUCGCCACUGCCACUCAGGUGUCAGUGGACGGAGCUGAACGAGGCACAUGGAUGACACAAUAUCCAACGGUAUUGCAAACGAUAACAAAUGCUGAUGGAACAGUUUCCCUAAUUCAAGUAGAUCCUAGUAAUCCAAUUAUUACGUUACCGGAUGGAACUACUGCCCAAGUGCAAGGAGUUGCUACCAUUCAUACAAGUCAAGGAGAGGUACAAACUCUUGCUGAAGUAAGCGGCGCAGACGGAGCCAGUGUCGCGGUGGAUUUAAACAGUGUUACCGAAGCUACUUUGGGCCAAGAUGGCCAAAUUAUCCUCACCGGUGAAGACGGACAUGGUAAAACUGUUUUCUAUAGGCUCUGCACCGUCGCCGGUCAGGAACUACUCGAGCAGUGCCUGGUGAAAAUGACCAUGUGCAAAAAGAGCAUAGCAAGACGCACAGGACGACCGGUGAUUUGGCAUGUUACAGGGUAUCCGGUCUCUGUAUCGGGCGUCAUAACCGUGCCGGUGCCGGCCAGUAUGUACCAAACAAUGGUGGCCAAUAUCCAGAGCGAUGGUACCAUGCAGGUGAUGACGCCGAUGGUGCAAGUGCCGAAAGUCGAGCCGGGUAACGGCGAGGCGAGCAUCGAGGCGGUGACGAUUCAGGGUCACCCGACAAUGACGAUGAUCAACGCCGCGGGUGAGCACCAGGUCCUCCAGGUCAUAUCGCUUAAAGACGCGAACGUUCUGACGAAGGCCAUGCAAGGCGACGUUGUGAAGGACGAGGACAGCCAGCAGCAGCCCCAGGCUGAAUCCAGUCCCGAGUAAAAUCCCCGACAAUUGCAGGGACUGCGUGACUCUUCGAUAAUAUUGUAUAAUGUAUAUGAGAAACUUUUGCUGCGCAAGAGAUGGACUUGCUCGGUACUCGUCACAAUACGAAUUGUUACUUCGCAGUGCAUUUGAACGCUGAGACAAGAUCACAAAUUGAGAUAAUGUUGAGAUCCGCGGUUAAAAUAUCAAUUACGAUAAUU